UUUUGGACUAGGUCAAAAGGUCCUCAGCCCAAGAUUUUUUGUUCAACUACUAUUUAAGAUAUUGAUUCAAAUUUUUAUUAUUUCGCGGAAGCAAACCAACGUCAUGAGCCCCACACCUCUUUGAAGCAAUAAAAAGCUCCCAGCAAGCUGAGGACCCCAGUCAAAGCCAAGAAGGCAGAUCGACCACAGCACUACCAGUUGGGCGACCCAGAAAUCUGAGCACAAUGGCUGCAACACUCGGCUUACUGCUGGCUACUUUCAUCAUCAGCACAGUUACAGAUGUGUCCUACAGUUUUGAGAUAUGUCAGCCUGGAUGGGAGGACUACCACACCAAAUGUUACAAAUACUUCUCAAUGAGGAAGACCUGGAUUGAUGCUGAGAGUUACUGUGGUAGCCUUGGAGGAAACCUGGCGUCUGUCCACAGCAGCGGUGAAAACUACUUCAUCACCAAACUGAUUAAGAGAAGUGACUCCCAUGAACCCAUCACAUGGCUCGGAGGCUCCAACUCUGUGCAGAUCUCAUCGUGGCUCUGGACAGAUGGGUCCAAGUGGGAUUUUGUGAACUGGUACCCGGGUGAACCCAACAACUCCGGUGGCAAUGAGCACUGCUUACACACCAACUUUGAUGCUCAAGGCGGCUGGAAUGACAUCAACUGUGGAUAUCAGUAUUCAUUUGUCUGCGUCAGAAACGAAUGGCAAAUGCUGAAGAUAAAAAAUGAGGGAAGCCACGAGAGACACUAAAGAUGUCCGAUCUUCAUUACACUUCGGCUGUUUCUAAAUAAAAACACAUCUAGCAUUCA